AACAUUAUUGAUGACGAUUUUGAAAAACAUGAGUGCCACACUAUCAGUGAAUCAAAAGCAUUUGAGCGUUAAUGACCAGCAUUUUGGAAAUGUAGGAGAGCGAAAUCGUUCGCGAUCGGAACGUGCUUCCAGUUUGGCAUUGCCACACAACUCGCUCUUGGAUUUCUAUGACAAGGAGCAAGAACAAUGCAGCUCAGUGGCAUUGUUGCCGAUGAAUGUAAAUGUUGUAGUGCGACGACAUUCAUCGCACUACUAUCCCAUGUUAGAGGAGAAGCAGCAAAAACAUCAACAACAACAGCAGCAACAACAGCAGCAGCAACAGCAACAGCAACAGCCAUUAAAAACACUUUCGCAAAUGCAAAUGCAGUCACGGCAAUUGACUGCAAUGACUACAACUGGAGGCGCACUACCAACAUUGACCGUUGCCAUUCCCGAGUUGCCACAAUACAAUUAUAAUCAUAAUAAAGCUGGUCAAUUGGCGAUGCCAGACAUCCAAUCGAUGGCAUCAUUGCCGCUUUCAAGCCUCGUGAAUGGCAAAGAGAAAAAGAAUUUCACAUAUAACACAGUGACCAAUAGUUCCACCACCAAAAACCAACCUCCAAACAUAUCUAACACCACAGGUACGACAAUAACAUUGGCAGCAGCUCCAACCUCAGUACCAGAUACACCACCCCCACCCGUGCCGAAACGCACAUUUCGUGGCAAUUACGCGUGGAACGCAGCAGUUGACUCGCCCACACCCCCAUCCGCAAAUCAAACACCAACCAAGGAUAAACAACAUAUCAGUGCGGGCACCGCGUUUGUUUAUCCGCCGCAAACACAAACGCUCUCACCCGGACAUCGGCUGCUGCAGCAACAGAGUCACACAGUUUAUUACAAUACAAGCGGCGCUAACCCAUUGGAAUCAACACAACUACAAAGUCAAUUUCAAUCACAAUCGCAAUCACAGUCUCUGCUUGUUGAGCUGUCCACACGUCCGCUUUAUGUGGAUGGCGGUCUGGAUGCCGGUGGCAUUUCAGAUGAUGAUCGUAUGAGUUUGGAGAAUUCUGUAUUUGAUGAGUCGUUGACAUCGACACCUGUCAAGGUCGGCGGCAAAGCUGCUGGCGAAAGCACUGCGGGUGUUAAAUUAGCUGGUACAGCUUUCACAGCAAAAACAUUGGGUGCAUUUACUGGAGAAUUGAGUAACGCCACAAAGCGUGCCAAUCGUUCAUCGAGCAGCACCGCUGAUUCAACAAUUACAAAUUCAUCUGGCUACGGAUCAGGACAUAGUGAACGUUUCGCCUCCUCCUCAACGAGUGCUGACUUUCGCAGUCGUUUCUCAUCAGUUGACACUCAAUCAUCAAUGGAUAGCUGCCUAACAGAGAAAACAAGUGACUCUUCACUCUCGAAGGACUCAUUCAAAAUGGACCGUGCAAUGAUCAGUGAUGCCUUGAAUGAUUAUAAUAAUUUGAAUAAUAACGAGACUCGCACUCACAUUGGUUGUAGUAAUGUAAUUGCCAAUAAUAAUAAUACAUUUGGUAGUCGUCAGUCUACAAAUGCCAACUCUCAAACUUUCAACGGUUUGGCCCAACAAAAGCCACCCGAAGUUCCAACGCGCAAACAAUAUGGAGAUGCACCACCAAAAAUGGCGCCUCCUGGUAGUCAAAAUAGUUCGCAACAGUCAUUACAAAGCAGUGGUUGUGGCAGCGGCAGUGGUAGUGUCGGUAGUAGUAAGGCAGCCUCCUCGGUCUCGGCAUCCACGUCCACAUCCUCCACAGUAUCUGCUGGUUCAGGUACUUCCACCGGUUCGUUGUUGUCCGGUUCAGGUGGCACAUCGAAUGCCGCUAUCUCACCACUCACACAAAAUUCAGGCAGUAUUUAUCAACAAUCGAAACGUCCAGUACCGCCGGUACCGCCGACCCGCGGCCAAAUUAGUUUUGACCACAGCCUCAACAAUGGCGCACAAAUUGAAUCACCACCAUCAUCAAAGCUACCGCCACCCGUGACCAUUCGCAACAAGCUGGGAAAGAGUAAACCUCCACCAAUCGUUUAUCCGAAGCUACAUCAGCGGCAAGACUCUAAUUUGUCUAGUGAUAGUUUUUCCGUCACUUCCAGUCCUGGGUAUAAUACAAAGAACCUAAUGGAUGUACCGUUGCUGCAAAAUGCAGCUCGUAUCAACAAAAGCGGCCCAGGUAUGGGCGUUCGGCAUCAGGAUUCUGCGGAUAGUUUUAAUUUGAAUGGAUCACGAUUUGCGGCCAUAACAUCGGGUAGUAUGGGGAUACCAGUGGUACCACCACCACGCAACAAAUACAGCUGCCGCCAAGAUUCCAAUAUUUCAAGUGAUAGUUUCAGUCAAACUUCCAGCCCCGGUUACAAUACAAAACUAAUGGAAGCUCCCCUCUUACCCUCGCUCUCUGUCAAAAGGUUGUGCGGCGUUCCAGCGCCAAUUGUCUAUAAACAAAAACUGCAAAAUGAAACCAUCGAAGAGAUGGAACAAUCGGUUCCUAUGUCACCACUUACUAAAUGCGUAUCCACUCCAGCUAGCUUACAAACGAUAGUGCGAUUUCAAAAUGGGGCGCCCAACACGAUGUCACUGCAGCAUCAGCAGAUUAUAAAUCGUCGUAAAAGCUCGAAUCCUUACAUCACCAAUGGUCGUUUGAAAUUUCGCCUCUUUCAAAUAUUGAUAAAUGCUUUUGCGCUAUUGGCUAUAGCUGGAGGCUUAGCGGCAUACUUCAAUGCCUAUCCGACCAUCAAGUUCGUCAACAAAACUAUUAUAAACACCGUCCAUGUGGAAGAUGCUUCAAGCUAUGGUAAGAAUCCUGCGCCCGGUACUUGUUUGCCCAUCAUAGUGAAGUUCUGUCAGGGGCCACAAAUCCCCUACAACUACACCGUGUUCCCCAAUUAUAUCGGACAUUUCGGUCAACUGGAAACUCAAGUGGAUCUGGAUGCAUACGAUGCAUUGGUAGAUGUGCGAUGUUACGAAUUAGUCUCACUUUUCCUCUGUACACUAUUUGUACCCAAAUGUGGUGCGACUGGCGCAACCGUACCCCCCUGCAAGACGCUAUGUACCGAAACCAUGCGACGUUGUGGUUUCUUUUUUGAUGUAUUCGGCCUCACCCUACCCGAAUAUCUCAAUUGUAAAUUGUUUAAAGAUUUUGAAAAUCCCGAAGAUUGUGUUGGACUGGACCAGGUGCGUGAGGUGAUGAUAGCAUCAACGAAUCCCAAAUGUGAUGGAUUCCAGUGUGACCAAAAUCGUUGCUUGCCCAAGGAGUAUGUGUGCGAUGGACAUUUGGAUUGCAUGGAUCAGGCAGAUGAAGCGAAAUGUGAACGUUGUCAAAAGGACGAAAUCUAUUGUGGCGAUAAUCGUUGUAUAGGUAUGAAGCACAUAUGCGAUGGUGUAAUCGACUGUCCAUACGGGCAAGAUGAGCGUAAUUGCAUUCGCCUUAGUGAGCGCAAUGGUGAUUUAGGGAAAGGUGUGCUGGAAAUCUAUCGUAUAAAGUCACAAAAAUGGGCACCAGCCUGUGUGAAAAACUGGGAUCGUGCGGUAUCUCCUUCAGCCGUAUGCUCCAUGCUGGGCUACAGUGCGGUCAAUGCGACCAGCGUCGUAACACUGAAAACACAUCGACCUCUAAUGACGUCCAUCAAUGUAUCUACUGACAUAUGGAAGAUGUAUGCGAAGAAGCAUUCAAAUUUGAUGCAAGAGUUCGCCAAUUGUACACCCAGUGAGGACUAUCCCAUUGCCGAGUUGACGUGUGCAAACUAUGAGUGCGGCAAGGUGAAGCGAGGACGUCAUAAGCCAUCCCGCCGCAUCAUUGGUGGCGAUCAGGCAAAUCCAGGAUCUUGGCCAUUUUUAGCCGCCAUUUUGGGUGGACCCGAAAAGAUCUUUUACUGUGCAGGCGUGUUAAUUUCCGACCAAUGGGUGCUCACAGCAUCGCAUUGUAUAGGAAACCACACUGUGAUUGACUUGGAAGAUUGGACCAUACAACUUGGCGUUACGCGCAGAAAUUCUUUUACGUAUACAGGUCAAAAGGUUAAAGUCAAAACGGUUGUACCGCAUCCUCAUUAUAAUACUCUAAUCACUCAUGACAAUGACAUAGCGCUCUUUCAACUUGCCACGAGGGUCGCUUUUCACGAGCAUUUAUUGCCUGUUUGUCUGCCACCGCCCGGCAUCAAACUGAAACCAGAUCAAAUGUGCACUGUAAUCGGUUGGGGAAAACGGGAAAAUAAAGAUCCCAAAUCUACUUACGAACCAAUUGUCAAUGAAGUGCAAGUGCCCAUUAUUGGACGUCAGCAAUGUGAUCUGUGGCUAGACAAUUUAACAGUAUCUGAUGGUAUGAUAUGCGCCGGCUACGAAGAAGGCGGAAAGGAUGCGUGUCAGGGCGACUCGGGUGGACCUUUACUAUGCCCCUAUCCGGGCGAAAAAGAUCGCUGGUUUGUUGGUGGAAUCGUAUCAUGGGGCAUAAUGUGUGCACAUCCGAAAUUACCCGGCGUAUAUGCGAAUGUGAUCAAGUAUGUGCCCUGGAUACAGGAACAAAUGGCAAAGUAUUCGAAACCUGUGAGCGAAGAAAAAUUCUCCAAAUAUGACGCACAUCCGGGUGGACCAGAUAUUCUGUCAAAUAUAGCAACUGGACCAGUGCGUAGCAAAAAACCAUAUCACAAUCAAAAUCGUAGUCCAAUGGAUGUUGAUUACUAUGAAAAUUAUAAAAAAACCUAAGUUCAACUGGCAAACCUAUGAGAAAUUUAAAGUGUAUGAAGGCUAAAGUAUUGAAAUGAAUACGAAUAGUGACAAAGACUAGAAAGAAAGAAAGACAAUAACAAUAAUAGAGAGUGUGAAGAUGCAUACAUACAUACGAA